AACACAGGACUUGGCGGAGGAAGGUGGGACUCUGGGAUUAUACGUCCAGAAUCAUGCCUGCCGUAACAUCUGAAGACGAUGUGACCCUCUUGUUUGAGCGCCACACUGUGGUGCAGGUACAAGACAUCUUGAAAAAGACACGAUCUGACAUUGAAAAGAAGAAAGAGGAUUUGCGUGUUAUGGUUGGAGAAAGAUAUAGAGACCUUAUUGAGGCAGCAGACACAAUCUCAGAAAUGAGAAACAGUGCAGAGGCAAUCUGUGGCAAUAUCCGUACCAUGGAGGGACUUUGCGAAAGUUUGCAACAGCGUGGACUCAUUGGCUUCAAGACACAGAGCCAUCAUAGCAAUGGCACACUGAGAUCACCAACACCAGGAUCUCACUAUUCAGUGGCAGUGCAAGUAAAGCUGCUUGUUGCCGUUCCGGAGAUUUUGUGGAGUCUUACUGAGCGCUGCCAUUACUUGCCUGCUACUCAGCUGCUGCUCCUGGCUCACCAUACUCACACAGCCCUGCAACUGGCCCCUAAUGCUUCAAAGAUCCAGUCUUGGUUUCCAGUUAUAGAGCGGCAGUGGGCUAGCAUAUCACAGUUCCGUGCUACGAUUGUCAGAGGUUGCUCAAAUCUCAUCAGCUCUGAGGUUGAUGAUGUUCAGGCUGUAUUAGAUGCUGUAGUUUCAGUAAUGUUAGUGGAAGGAUGCAGCUCCACAGAUGCUCUGUCUCGGGUCCUUCAGCUGCGCCAUACUGCUCUCAUGUCUGCAGUUGCACCAAAGCCAUCUGCCACUGCUAAAGCACAAAUUUCACAAUUUGUUACCUUGUUCCUAGCUACUUUGAAUAUCAUUCAUGCUGUCUUUGGGAAAGGUAAAGAGGGACAGAGUCUUCUUGAGAAGCGUUUGCAGGAGAUAGUCCAGGGUGAAGGAGAGGAUGGAACACCCAUAACUCAUCUUCAAGAAUCUUUACUUACCCUCUCCUUUUUGCCUCAGUCCAUCAGAAACUUCAGACCCUCUGUACAAGGACACUUGGAUUCGUUAAAUGAUGACAUUCUGAAGAAACAGGUUACUGACUGGCUAAACCUGGUGUUGAAAGAAGCAUCACAUGCUCUUGCAGUGUUACUUUCAUUCUCUACAACCAUCAAGGCCCUAGCUAUGAUCCGCACAAGUGUGUGGGAGAUUUGUCAAGCCAAAGUUGAAAAAGAGCAGUGGAAAACGACAACAGAUGUCCUGUACGGAUCCUACCUUGACCCCUGGGAUUCCGUUGUCCGAGGACAAGUGACAGAAAGGGCGCGUCAGGUCAUUACAUCUCAGCUGACUAAUGCGAAAGAGGCAAUAGUCCAAAUGGUAGCCAAACUUGCAGAUGACAUAAUUGCAGACCCCAAGAUCUGCUCAGAGGAAGGAGAUAUCACCAGCUUUGUGUGGAGUGAAUCUGCUGGCGACUUGCCGGAACGCGUUGGAUGGACUUGUGCCUCGUCACGAUCUGUCACACAAGCAGGCGGUCUUUACUACAAGACGCGUGGAUACACCAGCCGGUUACAGACUAUCUGCAGAGCACUCAAUUCGAGGCUGACGGCUCUUCUGCAAGAUGUGGGCCAUUACAAUUCAGGUUCCGCAAAUGGAGACCUAUGCUUUGUCAAGGACAGCCCAGUUGGAGAAGAGGAUCUAAGUGCCAAAGAAGACUACACUGCAUUGCUUAAUUUCCUUCAAGAAACAAGUACUUCAGUCUUUACACAACUCAUAUCAGAGUUGGCAAAGCUAGCCCAGUACCAUAUGGCCCAGACAGCUCCCAGAGUUCAGGAUGGAUGGGAGGAUGAGGUAGAUGGAGCUGCCCUGAGUGUUCCCUCUACUAUCCUGGUGGUCAUAGGUCGUGUCUGCCUGGCCCUGCCCAACGUUUGCCCACAGAUGCAGAUGUGUGCCUCAGCAGCAAGCCUGGCAAAUCCAGAUAUGGCAAGGCGUAUAUCAAUGGGAUCAAAGUUAGAAACGGACUCCUGGACAAAAAUGCGAUCAGAGUUCCAGGGAGCCAGCGGACGACUGUUUGGACUCUUCCUUACAUCCCUCACCUCACACCUUGGCACUGAGGUUAAAACAUUCCUUACCACGGAGCUCUCAUCAGGAGGAGUAGCUGCUGCCAUAUCCUAUUUUCCGACCUGGGAGAUAGUAGAUAUUGAGGAAGAAGGGGAGGGCGGAAAUAUAGUAAAGUCAUCUAUCCAUGUUCCUGCCCACCCCACGCCUGCUCUCACCCAAGCUCUCUCCCGACUAUGCACGUCCGUGAACUGUGUUGCUGCCCAUACUAUUACAAGGAAUGCUCAAAGUGAACUUGCAUCAUCUGCUUGUGAGGCAGUGACGAGUGCCUACGAAAGUGCCUUAACCGACACAAAGGAAGUGAACCAAACACUUGCACUGCAGCUCAUCUUCGACUUGCGGUUCAUUCAGACCAUACUCCUUCCACGGGAUAGCAAGGAUGUUGGGUCUCGACUGACGGCCAUGAUACAAGCACUGGAGGCCAAGGUCGACCCCUUUGACCUAGACGUAUUUACUCCACACAUAUCUUCCAGAGUCAAGUUGGCAGCUCACAGAGUGCAGGUGGUUCUGGGGGCCAUACUGUCACGUGACCGCCAAGUCGUCACCGGAAGAGCUCCAUCGGUGGGAAGCUCAGCGACAACAUCCAACAACGCCUUGCCAAUAGUUCAGGCGGUGGAAAUCCCACGGUUCUCGAAUGUGCCUCUUCCCAUCACGCUGUCUAGGCCCACCAUUCAUACAUCCCUAACCACUCCAAGCUUAACUUCAAGUGUGAAUGAAGGACUUCCUCCAAAACUUAGCUCAACUAAGGAUCAGAGCAGUCCUUCGUCAGCUCGGAGAGAGAUGUCAUCUGCCGCCCUGUCAGCCUCCCGCAGCGCUGCUUCCCUGCUGUCGGCCAUGAGCUCCUCGUGGUUCGGCUCCUCCUCCUCCUCGUCUUAGGGUUAGGGGAGUUUGCUCAGGGAUCGUGGUACAUCAUUGGGGUUGAUCUGUUAUUUCAACGCGUAAAGCUCUAUAGUUUGAAUAUGGAUGAGUAUUAUGUGCAUUGUGAUAUGGAUGUUAUGAAUGAAGAGUAUUGUUAUGUUAUUCAGAUUAGUUUUAUUUCAGGUACAUUUGAUGCACUGAAGGAUCUGAAUUUGUUAUUUGCUGGAAUUGUAUCAUUACGAUUUAAUAAACACUUGAGCUCAAA